UACUUCCCUCCCUCCCUCCCUUUGCUGUUGCAGCAGUGCAGAUAUAGAUGCGAAUCUUGGGACUCGGUUGAGCAAUUUUUCGCGACUCAGCGAUUCCAGCGAUUCAGCUCGAUGAACAGACCCAGAGAAGCCGAGUCGCUUUCGUCUCUCUCGCGCUUCUCCUCUCCAGGAAUCGAUUCCGGGCAUUCGUGCACUCGCGAGAUGAUGAGGUCUCUGCAGAUGCGCCGUCAGCGUUCUCUCCAUUGCGCUUCUCUUGCUCCUUCUGGCUCUCGGUCAGUGUACGCGUGUCGAGCUCUCGUUGGACACCGGCAAAUGAACGCGCGCCACGCCAGCGGCCGACGUGGGGCGCCGUGACCAUCGGAUGUUGUUUUCCUCCCUCGACCGAGUUCCGACACGGCCUGGUAAUUUUCCCGUAACGUUGAAUUCCCAUCAGAAUCUUCGAAUCCGUCGAAGACCGAAGGCGCGAUCAACCCCCUUCGGUACGCAAUUCUCGAUCGGACGAGGUCGUCUCCUCUUUGCGAACACCGUCGCACAUCAUCAUCGCUAAGCACCAGCUCCAGGAAUUUCGCUUGUUUCCCUUUCUCGUGAGCUGGUUCGUCCUGUUUCCUGUCGGCUUCGGACGUCGAUAAGAUGGAUGUUCCCCUCCCGAUGGAGAAGUUGUCGCCGAGAUCGUCCGAUGAGCCGAGAAACGGGUACGCAGUCCUCGUGGCGACCGGAAGUUUCAAUCCUCCGACUUACAUGCAUUUGCGCAUAUUCGAGCUGGCAAGGGAUGCGCUCAAUGCGGAAGGGUAUUCUGUCAUUGGAGGCUAUAUGUCACCUGCCAACGAUGCAUACAAGAAAAGGGGUCUCAUAUCAGCUGAGCAUCGGAUACAUUUAUGUCAUCUGGCCUGCAAGAGUUCUGACUUCAUAAUGGUUGAUUCAUGGGAGGCAAAACAAAGCACCUACCAACGCACUCUGACUGUUUUACAUAGAGUGAAGAGUAUCUUGUGUCAGGAACGGCAGCUAUCCUCUGAUUCCCUUAAAGUGAUGCUCGUUUGUGGUUCUGAUCUACUCCAAUCUUUUGGUGCUGGAGCUUGGAUUCCUGACCAGGUAAGAAUUAUAUGCAAGGAUUAUGGUGCGGUAUGCAUACGUAGGGAGGGACAGGAAGUUGAGAAGAUAAUUUCAGAUGAUGACAUUUUGAGUGAUUACAGGGAGAAUAUCAAAGUGGUGGAUGAACUUGUUCCAAAUCAGAUAAGUUCAACACGAGUGAGGGAAUGCAUUUCAAGAGGACUCUCUAUAAAAUAUCUGACUGAAGAUGAAGUGGUUGAAUAUAUAAAAGAACAUAAUCUAUAUUUGAAGUCAAACGAAGAGUAGAUAAAGUCAAAUGUAUUUUUCCCCCGAGGAAUGAAAUUCUUGGUUACACAAGCGAAAUAUACUUGGCAGAUGCAGUUGGGAGAGUAUGCUGAAUACGCCUCAUCUUAUCCAUCAAUUAUGAACAUUUAAUUCCUCGCUUGAAGAGCUAACAUCUAAAUCAGUGAGAUUCAGCCAACCAUCCACCAGAGGAUAGGUUGAUUAUUGUCGUAUCAGCUCCUCUAAGUAACUCAACACUGAUCUAUUGAAUAAUUACGUGUGUUCAUCUUGUUUCCGUUCAUCUGUUGGUGAACCAGUUCUACUCAAUUUGCAUUGUUCUUCCGGAAUGACUCAAAUCAAGUUGGAUGAAAGAAAAGGCAUUUAUCAUGA